AUGACCUGGCGCCACUCGUCUGGGUCAGACACAAGCAGUUCCAGUACUUGCAGGCAACCACCAAAGCUUGGCUCCUACGGCGUGGAAUACUUCCUACGAGAGCCCAGCCCACCUGUAAACGAGGUCAUUUACAGGGCAGCCUCGCCACAGCCCGGCCGAUACAAGUCAGAGUCUCUGAACAGGAUCAACUCUUACCAGUCAGAGGCUUCAUACAAGAUCAGCCGGUUCAACGAGAUCACCAAAUCUGCCGGCAACGUGCGGGAAGUCUGUACUACGGGGGGUGGCUUCUGCAACACCGGCAAGCUCAACGAGCACAUCAAGCGAGUGCAUACUCGCAUGCACGGCUGCUUGAGUUGUGGCCAUCGCUUCACCAACGUCACAAAAGCCGAGCUUGAAAAGGCCAAGGCUCAGCACAACUUAACCUGCAAGAAGCAAAAGAACGGCUGCAGAGACAUUUACACACCAGACGAUUUCGCCCCGGAGUGGAUGACAGAGGAUCAGGACAGCGAGUACGAGCGCCUCGUCUUUCCACGAGGUCAUUCGAAGGAUUCCCCCCAAGAAGUAUUCGAGCGCAUCUAUCGGGCACUAUGGCCAGACACACCAAAGGAAAAAGUGCCGCAUCACCUGCAUGGAAGUGGCCCGUUCGUGUCUCGAUACAAGCUCGAGACUAUUCUCAACGGGGUGUGCUCAUCUCCGCGGAAGCCAGCAACGCAAACCGGCCAAACAGAAUCUUACGAGACCAGGCGAAUCGCAGAAUUGGAGAGAGAGAAUGCGGUGCUCAAAGAGCAAUUCGCCAUGCUCAUGUCUGCAUCAGCACAAGAGUACGGGUUUGACUCCAGGAUAAGCCCUCACUCGCCAAUGGCCACAAAUCAGCUCACACGGCCGGUCCAGGCGAGAAGAGCGGAUGCGCCCCGGUUCGUACCAACGCAUACGGCACACCACGCAGUUCAGGGUCACAGUAUGGGCCGCGAUUACACCCUCUCCCUCUCCAAAGCGCCUGAAAUCACAAACUUCAGCAUUAAUUCCGGCCCAAUGUCGAACGGCGACGACUCAGGCUUAGGGUCCUCAGAGAGCGACAGUUGUAACCCAGCUCACGAGGGUAUGCAGACACACGACUUUUCAAACGAGCUAUUCAUGUAUGGGGAGUUUGAUCAUGAGACGACACUGUCCUUCCUUGGACCUGCCGGCCUUGAGGCUGACGACCGGCCACAUUAUGAGAACUAUCUCAUGGAGCUUGACCUACAGUCAUGA